AUGUCGUCUAAACCAUUCGGAUAUGUUUAUGAUGAACGGAUGCUUGGACACGAAUGCAAGUAUGAUAAUACCAUGGCAGAAUGUCCGAAAAGAAUGAAGUUGAUUUAUGAACGUCUUCAGAAAGAUCAACUUCUGAGUGGAGCAUUGAAAAUAGAAGCCCGUGAAGCCGAUGAUUCCGAGAUCCGUCUGAAUCAUCCACAACAGCUAAUCGAUGAAAUUGUCAGUCUGAAUUCGACUGAAAAAUGUGAAGAAUACUGUAAAGAUAAAGAGAUUCUAUGGACAUGUGAGAACACGAAUGAAGCUGCUCGUGUUGCCAUCGGAGGAUCGAUUGAACUUGUGAAAGCAGCUCUCGAGAACAAGAUUCAUAAUGGAUUUGCAAUUGUUCGUCCACCUGGACAUCAUUCUUAUGGGAAAACUCCUCAAGGAUACUGUAUUUUCAACAAUGUUGUCAUAGCUGCAAAGUAUGCGAUCGAGAAGUUGGGAGUGAAGAAAGUGGCAAUUGUUGAUUUUGAUUAUCAUGCUGGAAAUGGAACAUUCAAGUCUGUCAAAGAUGAGUCGCGCAUUCACUUCACAUCUUUCCAUGGUCAUCAUUAUGGAUCAUUUUGGCCAUUCAGCAAAGAAUACGAUUAUGCAACAAAUAACCCUAACACUCUUUUUGUACCACUCAACGGCACAUUGAAUUCUGAAGGAGACUAUGUGUCCGUAUUCCAUCAUGUUCUAUUGCCAAUGCUGAAACAAUUUGAACCAGAACUAAUUCUUAUUUCCGCCGGUUUUGAUGCAGGAUACUAUGAUAUUAUGAUGGAGUUUGGACAAGGAGUAAAAGCGCAUGGCUACGGUCAUAUGGCUCGAUUGCUUGAUCAAAUAUGUCCAGGAAAGACUAUUGCUAUAUUGGAAGGAGGUUAUCAUCCAUAUAACUACACAGAAAGUGCAUCUAUGAUGGUUCGAGGUCUUCUGAAUCAUCCACUUCCGAAACUAACAAUUCCUACACGCAUGUCAGGAUCCCUUCUUGAAACGUUGUGGAAUAUUUUGAAUCAUCAUUCGGAAUGGUAUCCAGCGCUGGAACAACGAUUGAAGCAACUUGAAAAUCAACAGAAAGCGCUUGGCUUAGACCCAUUCGUUUUCAAUCAGACGCUAUUUUUGGGAGCGAAAAUGCGAGUAAUGUAUGACGACGUGAAAAAUAAUCGAAUUGUCAGAACGAGAGAAUGGUUUCCGGAAAUGUCUCCUGAACAAAUUUCGAUUUGCAAGCAGAAAAUUGACGAGUACAUAAAGGAAUACGAUUUCGCUUCGGAUCACAUUGAUCCCACUACAGAACAGUUAGUUGCACAAUGUGUUUGGGACGAAGCUUCGAGAUCAGAUGCUUUCAUGCAAGCAGCUCCAUUCGCCACGUUUUUAAUUCAAGAAUUCAAUGACUUCAUUGCUGGAAAACGAGAGAACAUGAUGAUAUGUGAUCGAGAAAUGUACUCAGAAGCCGUCAAGGCGGGUGUAUUGGACCCUCACACGCCAAUUACAACUACUUUCGAGCAUUAA